AUGUGGGAUCCGUUUGGCUCUCACCACGCCCUAAACUGGGCCCUCAAAAACCUAGCCAUGUGCAAUAAACGCUUUCGACGUAUCACCCUUCCCUCUUUAUAUCAUGACGUGCGCUUAAAUGCACCAGAUCGAAUAUAUCCAUUUAUCCUUUGUUUGGUUGAUUCUCCGCACUAUGGAUCCCUUGUGAGGAGGAUCUCUAUCGGUGUCGAUAACACGUUCCGGCGCAAUCUGAGAAUCAAGAAAGGCCAAAUCACCGAGUCUGACACGUCAAAGAUUCUAGAGAAAUUGAAGGAGCUUUCCUUACCGGCAGCCCUCAUCAAAAAGGUAGGAGAGACUGAAGACGCUGACUGGGCCGUGGCGCUGUGCCUGUUGCCCCUACUUACGAAAUUGGAGGGCUUCUCUAUCCAGUUCAAAGAUUCGAAAGACCGUCAAGAUUUCAACGCUCAUGCCCCAAUAAUUUUUCAGCCACACUUCCUCAGUCCAUCUCUGCGCUCGGUGUACCUCGAGGUAGAUCGCUGUGGCUGGAUGUCUUUGAAUGUAGAGGUUCUCACUUCGUUAAUGUCGAUUCCAUCGAUCAAAGAAAUAUCCGUCUCUCGGAUAGGAUCAGGAAUUGAGCCUAGGGAUACUUCGUUGCCAUUUCCUCCAAGCCAAAGUAGCGCGCACCCACAUUCCAACGUAGAAACGCUACGAAUCUCCGAAUCCAUGGUUUCGGAAAAUACUAUUACAACUCUAUUGGGGCUUUCACGGUCUCUCACAAAGUUUGUUUAUAUCGAGCGGAGGUGGUUAGAAACUCCUCGUUCGCUAAGGCGAUUUCAAGAAGCAAUCAAUAACGUUUCGAGUACCAUCGAGAAACUAGCUCUAGAACUAGGUGGUAGCGUGUUUGUGCCAAACCGAAUCCUUUCAUUCUCCAAUUUCACAUCUCUCGUGGAGUUAUCCAUUAGUUGGGACCUCUUAUUCGACCAGGACCCGGGAGACAUUAUUAACCGACUACCUUCGUCUCUGGAGACUCUACUCCUUCGAAGUCCGCAACGCUAUGAAGACGGCGUAAACGCGAAAAUCAUCGAAUGCUUCACUGUAAUCCUCAGGGCAAAGUCGGUUACCGUUCUACCUCACCUCGACACGAUUGCCGUGAACGACCCAACAUUUGACUGGACUUCGUUCAUGGAUAUGGCAUCAGAAAGAGGUGUCAAAAUAAGACCAUGGGAUCCGGUUGACCAACUGAUGUCAGAUCCCUAUGUAAUGAGUGUCUCAUGA